AUGAACAUUCCGUUAGUUUCAUGGCUUUCCUUCAUAUUCUGCUACUGCUGCUGGACUCACCUUGCUGUUGCUGUCACAUUGGUCCAUGGCCAAUGUCUUGAGGAUCAACAAUCAUUGCUGCUUCAACUAAAGAGCAGCUUCAUAUUCGAGCAUGAACAUUCAAGCAAACUGGUGUCCUGGAAUGAAACCAUUGAUUGCUGUCGAUGGACAGGUGUAACCUGUGAUAACAAGGGGCAUGUUUCUGGUCUCGACCUUAGCGAGGAAUCAAUCUGUGGGGGUUUUGACAAUUCCAGUAGCCUUUUUAGUCUUCAGAAUCUCCAAGUUUUGAAUUUGGCUACCAACAACUUCCAUUCUAAGAUACCAUCUGGAUUCAGCAAGUUGAAGAACUUAACUUAUCUGAAUCUGUCACAUGCUUUCUUUGUGGGGGAGAUUCCAAUGGAGAUUUCUCAGUUGACAAGGUUGGUUACUCUUGAUAUCUCCUCAUCCAUUGAACUAAAUAUUCCAAAUCUGCAGAAGGUAGUCCAAAACCUCACUAGGAUCAGGUACUUGCAUCUUGAUUAUGUUGAAAUAAGUGCUUCGGGACAGGAAUGGUGCAAUGCUUUGUUGCAACUCCCUGGCCUACAAGAAAUAAGCAUGUCAUAUUGCAAUCUCUUAGGCCCCCUUGAUUCCGCGCUUCACAAACUUAAGAAUCUCUCCACGAUUCGCCUUGAUGGGAACGACUUCUCAUCUGUGGUGCCGGAAACCUUUGCCAAUUUCAAAAGUCUAUCCACUCUAAGCCUUAGUGGCUGUGAAUUGAGAGGGAAGUUUCCAGAGAAGAUCUUUCAGAUACCAGCAUUAUCUUUUAUAGAUAUAUCUGACAAUACAAACCUGUAUGGUUCUUUGCUGGAAUUCGCAUCAAAUGAUCAUCUCCAGACCCUGAAGUUGAGUAUGACAAAGUUGUCAGGAGCAGUACCGGGUUCUAUAAGUAAGUUGAGGAAGUUGUCCAUCUUAGAUCUUUCUGACAGCCAAUUUAGUGGAACACUCCCCAGUUCAAUGUCAAACCUCAUGGAACUCACUAUUUUGGAUUUGGGAUAUAACAAGUUCACCAAUUCAAUUCCAUCUUUUAACAUGUCCAAGAAACUGACCCAUAUAGAUAAUCUCACUCAUUUAGACCUGUCUCACAAUGAUUUAACAGGUUCAAUUACAUCUGAUCACUUCAAAGGCUUCAUGGAGUUGAACUACAUUGAUUUAGGGGCCAAUCGCCUCAACGGAAGCCUACCUUCUUCUAUUUUUGAACUUCCAUUGCUAAAAUAUCUUAAACUUUACAAGAACAAUCUUCAAGCAUUCCCACAUGAAUUUCCAAACUUAUCUUCCACCAUGUUAAAGACUCUGGAUUUGAGCAAUAAUGACUUGCAAGGCCCCAUUCCUGAAUUCAUUUUUCAACUCAAGUCACUAGAAGAACUCCUGUUGUCUUCAAACAAAUUAAAUGUUACAAUAUACACAAAAAUGUUUCGGAGGCUUGAAAAUCUAACUACACUAGAUUUUUCACACAAUAGCUUGUUGAUAGAAGCAAAUGUUACUGACUUGGGCAUAGAAGCAAAUGUUACUACUGACUUGGGCAUAUCUUCCAUCCUCAGAAAGUGGGAUGUAAAUUUGGCUUCCUGCAAUUUGAUGCGAAAUCAGUCUAGAUUAUCCAAUUUAGACCUCUCAGGAAAUCUUAUUCAAGGACCUAUACCAAGGUGGAUUUGGCAAUUUUCCUCCCUUACUUUCUUAAACAUCUCCAACAAUUUGUUCACCAUGUUUGAAGAGCCGAUACAGAAUGUUAGUGCCUCUUUGUACUUCAUUGACCUUCACUCUAACCAAAUCCAAGGGAACUUUCCAACAUUUCUCUCAAAACAACUUUAUUUUUUGGACUGCUCGAUGAACAACUUCAGCUCUAUCAUUCCAUCAGAUAUUAGCACUUAUAUGUCUUCCACAUUUUUCUUGUCUUUCUCCAACAAUAGUUUAUCUGGGAACCUUCCUCAAUCCUUGUGCAAGAUGUCAUAUCUUCAAGCUCUUGAUUUUUCCUAUAAUCAGUUGAAAGGGGAGAUUCCAGAUUGUUUAAUGCGGAUGGAGUAUCUUAAGGUACUAAAUCUGGAGCAUAACAAGCUUGAUGGCCACAUUCCUGAUGCAUUUCCUCAACAUUCUGCACUAAAGAUUCUACAUCUAAAUGGAAAUCUACUUAGAGGCCGAAUUCCCCACUCUCUUGUGAAUUGCACAACACUUGAAGUCUUGCAUCUUGGAAAUAAUCAGAUUUAUGAUGUGUACCCAUGCUUCUUGAGGAGGUUAUCCACAAUUCGUGUCGUAGUUUUGCGCGAAAACAGACUGCAGGGUCACAUUGAAUGUCCCAAGAUAAAUGGUUCUUGGCAAUCCCUCCAAAUUAUUGAUCUGUCUUUCAAUAAUUUUAGUGGUUUACUUCCUGGAGAAUACUUCAAAAGUUGGGUCACAAUGAUGCUUGGUGUUGGUGAAAAGCAAAACCAAUAUGAAGUCGUAGGCUUCUUUAUGAGAAACUACCAGGAUUCCAUGAUAAUUACCAACAAAGGCUUACAAUUGGAGAUGGUUAAAAUCUUAAGUGAUUUCACUUCUAUAGACUUCUCAUUCAACAACUUUCAAGGGCCAAUACCAGAAGAGCUUAUGAAUUUCACAAGACUUCAUGUUCUUAACUUCUCACAUAAUUCUUUCAAUGGCCAAAUCCCAUCCUCCAUAGGGAAUUUAAAGCAACUCGAGUCGUUGGACCUAUCCGGUAACGAAUUUGGUGGACGAAUUCCCACUCAACUUGCAAGUUUAAAUUUCCUUUCAUACCUAAAUCUUUCAUACAAUCAGUUAUUUGGAAGAAUCCCAACAGGUACACAGCUUCAGUCCUUCUCAGAAGGUUCCUUUCUAGGAAAUGCAGGCUUAUGUGGACCACCAUUAACAAAUAAUUGCUCUGGCCCAAUUCUGCCACCACCACCAUCAAAAGUAAACUCAGAUUCUGGCAGUUUUGUUGAUUGGAGUAUCUUGAGUGUGGAGUUGGGUUCUGUCUUUGGACUUGGCAUUAUUAUUAUGCCAAUGUUGUUCUGCAAGAGAUGGAGGUUUUGGUACUGGAAUCAUGUGGAUAACAUUCUUUACAGGGUCUUCCCUCAGCUUGAUUUUAUAUAUCAGCAGCAUGGAGGGAAAAAUUAUAGAACUCUAAGGUGGAUGUCUCAAUAAUGUGUCUAAGUUGAAUAACCAGGAAGACAAAGUGUCAUCAAGGCAAGUGAGAGAAAGCAGCAACAACUAAGUUCAAUUUUUAUCUUUUUUUUAUUUUAUCAUGAGACCUAAGUUGUAAUAAAGUAGCAAAAGUGAUGCAUGCAUGUGUGCAUCCAUUGAUACAUACAUAGUUACACAUGCAAUAAUGCAUGGUUAUGAAAUGUUUCAGAAAACUACAUAUUUGUUAUAUAGAUGUGUUUGAGG